AUGUCGUACAGACGAGAACUGGAGAAAUACCGUGACCUGGAUGAAGAUGAAAUCCUUGGAGCCCUUACAGAAGAAGAGCUGAGGACCCUGGAAAAUGAGCUGGAUGAGCUGGACCCUGAUAAUGCACUGCUGCCUGCGGGCCUGAGGCAGAAGGAUCAGACCACCAAGGCGCCCACGGGCCCCUUUAAAAGGGAGGAGCUCUUGGAUCACUUGGAAAAGCAAGCAAAGGAGUUUAAGGACCGAGAAGAUCUGGUCCCCUACACAGGGGAGAAGCGAGGAAAAGUCUGGGUCCCCAAGCAGAAGCCGAUGGACCCCGUGCUGGAAAGUGUGACACUGGAGCCAGAGCUGGAGGAGGCCCUGGCAAAUGCCUCGGAUGCGGAACUCUGUGACAUCGCAGCUAUCCUGGGCAUGCACACGCUCAUGAGCAACCAGCAGUACUACCAGGCCUUGGGCAGCAGCUCCAUCGUGAACAAGGAGGGACUCAACAGUGUGAUCAAACCUACACAAUACAAGCCUGUGCCUGAUGAAGAGCCAAAUGCAACAGACUUGGAUGAAACGCUGGAGCGGAUAAAGAGCAACGACCCCAAACUUGAAGAGGUCAACCUCAACAACAUCCGGAAUAUCCCCAUACCCACCCUCAAGGCGUACGCAGAAGCCCUGAAAGACAACGCGUAUGUAAAGAAGUUCAGCGUCGUGGGGACACGGAGCAAUGACCCCGUGGCAUUUGCCCUUGCUGAGAUGCUCAAGGUGAACAAGGUGUUGAAGACACUGAACGUGGAGUCCAACUUCAUUUCCGGAGCCGGGAUCCUGCGCCUGGUGGAAGCUCUUCCAUACAACACUUCUCUGGUGGAACUGAAGAUCGAUAACCAGAGCCAGCCCCUGGGCAACAAAGUGGAAAUGGAGAUCGUGAGCAUGUUGGAAAAAAAUGCAACACUUCUCAAAUUCGGCUACCACUUCACUCAGCAGGGGCCCCGGCUGCGGGCGUCCAACGCGAUGAUGAACAACAACGACCUUGUGAGGAAGAGGAGGCUGGCGGACUUGACUGGGCCCAUCAUUCCCAAGUGCCGGAGUGGCGUCUAG